GUUAGUAAUAUAAAAUAUUCUGAGCGUCUCAAGAGGGUAUGGAAUUCAAGAUUUCUGUACUACUUUUGAAGACGCAAAGUCGGUGGUGUAUCUAGCCUGCUCGCAGUCCGAAAUUUUGUUCAAAUGAAAACCAAAAAUGUGUUCAAACUGCUUCAAAAAAUUAAUGGUGGGUGCUGCUGAGCAGGCUAUGGUGUACCUGCAAGCGAAAACUACAUUCAGUGCUCGGGUAUGGUUGGUUAGCGAAAACAAAUUGCCGUGAAAAAAUAGGGUCGACGCGGUGAACUUUCUCACUGAGGCGAAUGACUGAAAUUCGUACUCCAGUUAUAUAGAGAGCUUUAUAGAGCUUCAUUUGGGAAGGCAAAUCUGAAAUUUGUACGAUCUGAGUGGAAACACGCAUCUGACAAAUUUCGGGGGGCAGGAGAAAAAGAAACUAAGAAAGUAAACAAAUAUCAAUCGAAAACCGGUAAAAAUAAAAAUAAAGCUCAAAAGCACCAUUUCAUUCUCAAAACAAAUGAGGAAAGAAAAUAAAGAAGUUCUAACAAUCUUAGGUUUGCGUUGAAAGGUCGUUUCUUUGCUAAUAUGACGUGAAUUUUGGACAAGAAGCCGGAAAUCGAAAGGAGUGAUGGACGAUAGUGAUGGAGCCCUUUUGGAAGAGAACGAAGCUACUCAGAUAUUUUACGCCAAAUACAAACCGAAGGAAAAGCUUGGGGCGUGAGUAUGAAUUGAAAUUGUGCUUGUAGAUGUGUUUGUAGAGUAGUAGAUAGCAGAGACUUAUGCUUGUGGCUGACAGCCUGACACAUGCAUGGUUGCAAAGAUGGCUUGAUUAUAUAUUUAUACGAUUAUAUAACACAUCUGUCUGGCUAUUCAUUAGAAAUCAGAUGCAAUUCAACAUCAUCCCUGCUGAAUAUGUCAAUACUGUGUACAAAAUAAUACACGCCAGCAUUUGCAAUCAAUGAAAAUUAAUGAUCGAUAAGCCAAUUCGAAAUAUCUGGGGGUUUUCACGAGCAACAAAAUUGCUGCAACUUGCAACAAAAUCUGAUUUCAACGCAUGUUAAGUAGAAAUGUUGACAUAUGUUGCCUUGUGAUUUGUAAUUUAUGUGUAAACAUUUUCAAUUAACAUGCAUUGAAAUUUGCAGCAAUUUAGUUGCUCGUGUAACUCCAGCUUUAGAUGCUCUAGCUUGGAAUCUGGCAAAGUUUCUCGCUGGAUGUUAUACCCAGUUUUAGAUGCAUUGCUGACUAACAUGACCAGCCAAAAUAUGAAAAAUUUUCAUUUGUCCAUUGUCUGAGAAAAACUGAUAAAUGUCCGACCAAUUUUUGUAUUGGCCAGAUAUUUGUCAUUCAAAGCAAAAUUAUAGUUAUUUACAGGCCUGCCCAUGCAAAAAAUGUGGAAUAUACAAAAUAUUUCAUUGACAUUUCAUAUCCUAAUCACACAACAAUGGUUUGCAAAUUAAAAGCUAUGUAAUUCUAUAGUUCCAGACCCCAACUAUUAAUUCUGAAAUGCAGAGGUCAUGGGUUAGAGAAUUGCUUGUUGUUUCACAUGUUUUAAUUGUUUUGGUCAGGAGAAAAGUCUACAGUAUGUUUGUUUGAUGUUUGUGUUAUGUGCUGUUUGUUUACAUAAAUAAUGGUCAUUUAUUUUUAGCUGUGAUUUUAAAAGAGGUAGAAUCUGAAACACAUAUAUAGCCAAACCCAGACCUGCCAACCCUUGAGUAGCAGAAAUAGUGAGUUGCUAUCUAAAAAGUCAUGAGAUUGACUGAAAAAUUGUGAGACUGAGAAAUUUUCAGGUUUGCUCAUUAAUAUGACCAGGGUUAACUUUAACAACACUACAAAAUAAUCAAUAGAUAUUCAAUUUUAUGAUAGUAUGCAUUUAUAUUUUGUUAAUAUAACCGUAAAUGCAAGGCUUAUUAAAAACAGGCUGUUUUUCCUUUAUGGCUUUAGUAGUUUCCACUGUACAAGAAAACUAUGAGUAAUAUUAGGACUAACAGGACAAUAAACUUAGCAGAACAUGCCAGCUUUUACUUUGUAACACAAACAUCACACAUACAAAAUUCUGGCGUUGUACAUUGCGCAUUCAGAGGUGCAUUAUUAAUACACUAAUGAAGUGUGACAUUUCCUUGGAAGAGUGUGCCUUAUUGUAACUAAAUGUUGCGCUUUUCGAUGAUUUCAUAAGUUCCGAAAAUUGUGAGAUUUGGGGACUUAAUCGUGAGAUCAUGAGAAAGCAUCAAAAAUUGUGAGUCUCACGAUUAAAUCGUGCGACUUGGCAGGUCUGCAAACCCAGCAGACGGUCUUUCCCACUUGAGCGUCUGCCAUGCAGGCUAGAAAAUGAGUUCAUUUAACUGAGUUUAAGUUUCCCACUUAUUGGAAUGUUUUGCUGAUUAUUUGUAUCAAAUUCAUGAAUUUUAUUGUUCUAGAGGUUUAUCAAGUGUUGUGAGAAAAUGUGUACACAAAGCGUCGGGUCAGGAGUAUGCGGUGAAGAUUGUGGAUAAAUUGAGUGAUCACGGAAGCUGUGAUAUUGGAGAAGUCACAAAAAAUGAAGCUGACAUUUUAAAGACAUUGUCUGGGCAUAAAAACAUUAGUAAGCUGCAUUUUGAUUUACUCUAAUCCCAGUAAUACCAUGGAUAAUAAAAUAAAUGGAUAGGAAAUAGUUAGCUUUCAAUGGGCUGAUGGUGUGAUUGGAUGUUGAAACCUAGUUGCAAACCAAAUUCUCAAAAACGGCAUGUUUAGCAAUAAUACAGCUAAACAUUUUAGUCAAAGAGCAAAUGAAAGCGAAACAACAAAAAUGCAGAGAACUUUGCAAUACGUGUGACAUAUUGUGUAUUGUGACGUAUUGUGUAUUGUGUCAACAAUCAAUAGUAGACUUGCUUUAUUACGCAGGAUUAAACCCUUUUUAACUAAGGACUGUGCUCUUCGUUUCUAUAACUCCUGUAUUAAUUCAAGUCUUAUCUACUGCUCUGUAACUUGGGGAAACUGCUCAAAAACACUUUUACUUCGCAUUCUUCGACUGCAAAAGCGUGCAGCACGUAUUAUUCUAGACGCUGACUUUUCUACUCUUCUGUUCUUUUUUCCCAGAUUCGAAUAAUCCCAAUUUUUGAUCUUGUUAAAUUUAGGAAGCUUCUCUUACUAAUUAACAUUCUCACAAAUCCCAGUGCUCCAUCUUCAUUUAAGCAAAUGUUUAAAUUCUUAUCUUCUAUUCGACAACGGGCUCUGACUAGAGCUUGCGCAUAUGACCUUCAACCCCCCUUCCCGCGUACUGACUCUGGUAAAUGAACAUUUCUGUACAGUGCUUCCAUUCUUUUUAAUUGCUUAGAUAGCGAUUGUAAGCAACUUGCUGCUUCGCCAUCUUGCUCUUCAUAUACUAACGCCAAACAAAAAAUUUGUAAAAUCUUUCUUAACAAGCUUACCCUUACUAACCAUAUCGAAGAUCUAUUUUGUAUAAAUUGUAAAUAUUUACUAAAUUGUAAUUGUAUUCAUUACUAAUUAUUCUUUUUCUCAAAUGUAAAUAGUCGUAAUCCUUAAUACUUUUUAUGCCUGUAAAUAUCAAAUAGUGCGAGGGCCGUAUGUUAGAUAACUUUUACGGUUAAUACGUUUUCCCUCGUGAAAUAAAGUUUCUAUUCUAUUCUAUUCUAUACAUCUCAGCUGCUUUGGUUAAGCUCCUUAGCAAGAAACCCAACAAAACUGAGUACAAGAGAAUUGAUAUGAUGUUAUGUUCUACCAGUCAGCAGAUAGAGAGUUACAAUGUGAAGGUCUCCAAUGUUCAAGGAACUUUCGUAAUGAAUAUUCAAGCAAGCAAAGUUGACAAGGGGGUACUGUUGUCUCUACCAAACCCACAUUACAGUAAAAUCAUCAGUCAGUAUGAGCAUUUGAAAGAAGUGUCAAUGGACGAUAACAACACUAAGCCGGAAUUACCUAUUUCAAUUAUAUUGGGAGCUAGUGAUUACUCAAGAAUAAAGAGCAAAACACAACCCAAGCUCGGACAGCCCGGAGAGCCUGUUGGAGAACUCACAACACUCGGUUGAACUAUUAUGGCAGCUGGCGAAGAAGCAGAUCUCAGCAGUGACUACUUCACUAAAUCUUCAGCAGCAAAUUAUGAACAGCCAUGCAGCCUGGAUGUACUUGGCCUCCAAGAUCAACCUAAUGAAAGCCAACAAUUGGUGUACCAAGACUUCAAGCAACAACUACGACACAGCGAAGAAGGCUGGUACGAAACCGGGUUACUAUGGAAACCUAGACAUGACGAGCCUUUACCAACCAACAAAUCCAACAGUUUGGGACGGUUGAAAAAUGCUUGACCAAGAUUAGUUGAAGGAGGGAUUGUUGAGAAAGUAACCGAUGAUGCGGUGAAGAAUGCGUACUACAUUCCACACAAACCUGUCAUCAGGAAGGCAGCGGAAUCCACUGAGAUAUGGAUUGUCUACGAUGCAUCUGCUAAGGCCUCGGAGAGCAGUCCAUCGUUGAAUGAUUGCUUGGAGACAGUCCUCCCUUGCAGAACUUGUUGUGGGAUGUACUUGUCAGAAAUCACCUGAAACAUGCAGCCCUGUCUGCAGACAUCAAACAAGCAUUCCUACAAGUAAGAAUUCGACCUGAGGAUAGAGAUUCGCUCAGGUUUCACUGGAUUAAGGACAAAAAGAAGUUGACAACAGCAUUUGGAAGCAACAAUCCAACAGCAUUUGGAAGUUAUAGGCGAAAAAUACCCCUCAGAAGUUGAAGAGAUAAAGUGAAGCCUCUAUGUUGAUGACAUUAUCUCAGGUGGAGAAAGCAGAGAUGGUGUACACAAAGUGAAAGGAACGGUGACGGAGAUAUUUGAAUAG